AAGGUAUUCAGGUUCCAAACUCUGUGUUCAUGUGCCUAUUUCAUAGACAUGGUAGACUAUGUCGACAAUAACCAAUCAGCUUGUCGCCGUAAUCCCUGCCGCAUUAAUGAUCCUCCGAUUUUGCCCUGCUACCCAUAUGACUCUCGAGUCAUCCAAACUGACUCGGGAGUGUUUGCACAUGAGUCUACCUCAGACGUAUCUGCCACACUUCAUCACUGCUGACAAUGAUAUUGCACAGUCAUCAACCGCCAGUCUCCAUUUCCUAGGUGUCCAUCUCCCCACAGAGUUCGACUUGACCACCCAUCUUUCUCGCCAAUUACCCCCGUUUCCCCAGAUUCUGGACUCUCUGGCCCCCAACCUUUAGACCUGGUUGGGCCAAUCUCCAUGUUGCGACUACGAGUAUACAAAUCUUGACUCUCUCCUCAUGAAUCGCGACCUCCCAUGGGUGAUCGUCCCUCAUUCAAGGUGGGGAAGGGGCGCAUAAUGAUGAGUCCACCCGAGGUCUCAGACACACAGCCGUGUCCUGUAGCGAAUCUUGUCCCCUUCUCUAGGGUCCCUAAUCGACCAAUGAUACAGGUAGGUCGACUCUAGACUCUCGAAUCUCUCCAUCUAGAAGCGAAAACCGGGGAUGUGGCAACAUGCUUUGAGCCGCUCGGUCCAUGGAGUGGUCCUGAUAUACUUCGAGACAAUCCCUUAUAUACACUAUGCCCCUCUCUUGCAGACAAUGCUUGUGAGUGUGGUUUGGUAUUAAUCUAGCCAAAAGAGCCAUCCUUUCAGAGCUCAUCUCAUCUCAUCCAACGCCUGCAAUAUGGCAACGACUACGACAACUAUCACCAGAGCCCAGGCCAAAGCGGCCGCGGAUAAGCUCUCCGAAAAGUCACAAGUCGGUGACUUCAACUGGGAUGAUGUCCUCGUCCCCUCCAAAGCCGGCACUGGUCUUACCAAAUGGUACUAUCAGCGUCGAACACUGUUCCAAUAUGCUGGCCUUCUUGCUACUGGGCUGGCUUCUUUUUAUCAGCUAGAGUCUCCUGCCCUUCGAGCUGCCGGCCUAGGAUUUCUCUUCCCUGGCGCAGGACUCAUUGCCGUUGGCACCAUUCCAUCGCUGGUCGUGUUUCUGAUCUCCACCGCCCUCAUUCCAUUCGUCCUAUUUGCCUGGUUUGGUAUGGGAGGUGUUAUCUUUCCUCUUACCCUGUGGAUAGGCACCAGUCUUCUGUCAGCUUUCUUGGCCCGAGACUCUUUGCUUGAAUUCGCUGGGCCCCUGUGGACCGCCAUCUGCAUCGGAGGUGUACUCUACCUGACAUACGCAACCUUGGCUGCCAAUGCCGUCGCCAGAAAGAAGCGUGAGACUCGCAACGCCUACCUUGUCAAUGAGGUGCAAAAAAACCAGGCCCAGGCUACCGAAACCGAGUUGGGCUCCCGUGAGCUCACCGAGAGACAGCUCCGCUUCCUUCAAUGGUUCAUCGAACUUGGCCUAACCCCCAAGGAUGACUUCUCAUACCACGAUGUGAUUGAUCAAUUCCAAACUUCGGCCAUUCGCUAUCAAUUAUACGAAGCCGUCAGUGAUUUGGGAAUGUAUCAGUAUCUCUUCGCGCCCAACUUCCACGGCUAUCUCUCUCAAGCCCAGCGCAAUCUCAUUGAAAAGUCCUUUACAAAGAAGGUCAUGGAAUUCUGGAAGUGGGAAUCCAUGGCUGGUAAAUUCAAUGCACACGAUUGGGACCCAAUCAAGAAGGACAACAUCAUGGUGACUGGUUAUAUCCUUCAAGCCGUCGGCAUUUACCAAGCCAACACGGGCGACGAUCGAUACACCAAACCUGGCAGCAUGACCUUUGAAAUCACCGACAAGCUCAAGUUUCCAUACGACCUGUCCGGCGUUGCUAAAGCCGUCUUCCGAAAUAUGAACGAAGCUGCAUACUGUCUGUAUCCCUGUGAGCCCAACUGGCUCUACACACCUUGCAAUCUUGUCGGCGUCAGCGGCAUCACCAUCACCGAUCGGAUUUUAGGAACCAACUACGGCGACCAACUUCGCGAGAAAUUCAAGCAUGCCUUGGAAACCGAGUUCACCGAUCCUGACGGCAGUAUCCUCCCCAUUCGCAGUGAACUGACUGGCUUUACGAUCCCCGGCCUCGCCGGCGCCCUCUCCGACACGGUCAACUCCCUCCUCUGCGCCGCAUAUCUCCCCGCCAUCGCCCACCGCAACUGGGCCUUUACGAAGAAAGAAACCUGCCAAUACGACGCCAACGGCCGCCUCCACCUCGUCAACCUCCUGGGCGCCGAUAAACUCGACCCGGGCAACUACAAAGCCGGCGAAGGCGCCAUCCGCUGCAUCACCGCGGCGGCCGCCGCGGAAUUCGGCGACGAAAAAAUCGCCUCUGAUCUCCUCCAACAACUCGACGAAGAAUACCACCCUGUCAUCCAGACCAAGACCGGAGCGCUCAAGAACAACGGCGUCAGUACACUCGAACAAGGCACGACUUUGCGUGCUCGUAUCGGUAAAUACCAGGAUUGGACGAGGAUGAUUCGUGUGGGUCCGCCGAAACAUAUCUUCCAAGCACCGAUUCUGGACGAUGUCAAGUUUCCCGAGGUUUUGGUGGCCAAGGCGUAUUCUCAGGAUGGUGAAAGUGUGGAGUUGGUGGUUUAUAAUGGGAAACAGCCGGGCGUGUUUGGCUUGGGGUUCAAGAAUUGUAAGCCGGGAGAGAGAUAUACUUUGAUGGGCCAGGAGAAGACGGUGGCCAAGGAUGGGACGGUCAAGUUUGAGGUCAGUGUUGAUGGUCGUACGGCGGGGAGAUUGGAGCCGGUGGCUAAGAACUGAGUGGAAGUGAGAGAUGAGUGCUGAUGGUGGUAUGCGAAUGCAAUUAUCAUUAUCAUCACUCUCCUUCAUCUUUCUGAUGCUUUGUCUGCAUUGAAAUGACUUUACGUACGUUGGCUGUCUCUUGUCUUUGAGUAUCAGAGGGG